UUAAUAUAAAAAUCAAAUUAAAAAUCACCGUCUUCUUCGUCUUCCCAUCUCCUCUGCGGUUUCACAAGCGCGAACCUGAUAAGCAAAUCGGGGGGAAAAAAUGACGAACUACGGUGCGAUUCCGACGUCAUCUCACCCGGCGCUGACGUCGGCAAACCUCGAGUACAUAUCACGCGCCAAGCAGCGUUUGAAAUCUGGCUUCGCCGCUCGCCGUCCAUGGAAGCUGAUGUUCGACCUCCAUUCCUUCGGCCUCCCACAUGGUGGAUUCUUUGCCACGAUCUCUAGGAUGAAGACGAAUCUCGCCUAUUUCCGCAUGAACUACGCCAUAAUCGUCCUCAUCAUCCUCUUCCUCAGCCUCCUUUAUCACCCGACCUCGCUCAUCGUCUUCGUCGCGUUGAUGGCGAUCUGGCUUUUCCUAUACUUCCUCCGCGACGAGCCGCUGUCCGUGAUCGGCCGUCAGGUGGACGAUCGAACGGUCCUGAUCUGUCUUUCGGUGUUGACGGUGGUCCUGCUCCUGUUGACCCACGCGACGAUGAACAUCGUCGGGGCUCUGGUGAUCGGAGCGGUGGUGAUAGUGGUCCACUCGGUGGUCAGGAGGACGGAGGAUCUGUUCAUGGACGAGGAAGAGGCGAGGGGUGAAGCUUCAGGGCUGACGUCAUAUCCGUCGUCAUAAAUUGGGGGUACUGAGGUUUAUUUCUGUAAAUUGUAAUGGGUUAUUAUUAUCACAUAAUAUGUAAUUGGUAUGGUUUGGUCUCGACUUUUACAUUUUUUUGAGUUAUUUUGGAUGGUGAGAAGAAGUUGGUCCAUUUAGAAUUUUAUAAUUUUUUACUUCACUUA